AUCCGAUCCGAGGCUAUGCGUACGCGCCCGCGCGCGUGCCUGUGUCUCGGAGCUUUUCACACUGUCCAACAGUGCGGCCGCGCGCGGAGCCUCACAAGCCAACAGCAGCACAGAGCCGAGCGCGAGAGACGGCGCGGGGAAGCGAAACGCCAAGAGGACAAGGCGGUGCAGGAGGUUCAGAGUGAAGAGCCGCGUCCUCUCGGUCCGCGUGCGUCCAUGGCGGCGAAGCUGAACCCCAACACACUGUACGUGCGCGAGCCGGAGCGCGCCGACGCGGGAGACGAGUCAUCAGACAGCGACGGGGAGCCGGAGGAGAGCUCACACAAACUCAUCCGCAAAGUGUCCACCUCCGGCCAGAUCCGCGCCAAGAAGAGUGUGAAGGAGGGUAUCCUGUUAAAGCAGACCAGCUCCUUUCAAAGAUGGAAGAGGAGAUACUUCAAACUAAGAGGCAGGACUCUCUACUAUGCCAAGGACUCAAAGUCCCUUAUUUUUGACGAGGUCGACCUUUCUGAUGCCAGUGUGGCAGAGACAAGCACCAAGAACAUAAACAACAGUUUUACAGUGAUCACUCCUUUCCGAAAGUUGAUGCUAUGUGCGGAGAGCAGGAAAGAGAUGGAGGAUUGGAUCGGCGCUCUGAAGUCUGUACAGAAAUGGGAGACAUACGAGGCCAGUCAGUUUAAUAUGGAACACUUCUCCGGGAUGCAUAAUUGGUACGCAUGCUCUCAUGCUCGCCCUACAUUCUGUAACGUCUGUCGGGAGGCACUUCCUGGAGUCACAUCUCACGGCCUGUCUUGCGAAGUGUGUAAGUUUAAAGCUCAUAAACGCUGUGCUGUCCGAUCCACAAACAACUGUAAGUGGACCACUCUGGCUUCCAUAGGAAAUGACAUCAUCGAGGAUGAAGAUGGGGUAUCCAUGCCUCACCAGUGGCUGGAGGGGAACCUGCCGGUCAGUGCUAAGUGUGUGGUGUGUGAUCGGACAUGCGGCAGUGUGCGCAGGCUGCAGGACUGGCGCUGUCUCUGGUGCAAAGCCAUCGUACACAGUAGCUGUAAGGAGCAGUUGGGGAAGGUGUGUCCGCUGGGUCAGUGUAAAGUGUCCAUCAUUCCUCCAACAGCUCUCAACAGCAUUGAUUCAGAUGGUUUCUGGAAAGCUACAAGUCCGUCCUGCUCCAGUCCUUUGCUGGUGUUGGUGAACAGUAAGAGUGGUGAUAACCAGGGAGUGAAGUUCCUGCGCAAAUUCAAACAGCAGCUAAACCCUGCACAGGUCUUUGACCUCAUGAACGGAGGACCACAGCUAGGAUUACGUCUGUUCCAGAAGUUUGUGACAUUUCGCAUCCUGGUGUGUGGAGGUGAUGGCAGUGUCGGUUGGGUUCUGUCUGAACUGGAUAAACUAGGACUGCAUAAGCAGUGCCAGUUGGGUGUGCUUCCCCUGGGCACAGGAAACGAUCUGGCACGGGUGCUGGGUUGGGGCGGUUUGUGUGAUGAUGAUGCACAGCUUCUGCAGAUCCUGGAGAAACUGGAGAGAGCUACCACCAAGAUGUUGGACAGAUGGAGUAUAAUGACAUAUGAAGUUCCCACCAAAACGGCGCCUGUUAUUGUUAAAGAGGACGACCCGCUGGACUGUCCACUCCAGAUUACUCAUUAUGCUGACUCUGUCACCUCUCAUCUGACAAAAAUCUUGGACUCGGACAAACACAGUGAUGUCAUAUCCUCUGCUAAGUUUUUGUGUGGGACGGUCAAUGAGUUUGUAGCUGAAGUUGGAAAAGCCUAUGAGAAAGCCACUGAAAACAAGGAGGAGGCUGAUGCUAUGGCUAAAAAGUGUGCCAUGCUGAAUGAAAAGCUGGACUCUCUGGUGCAGGCACUGAGCGAGGAGGCUGAUGCUCAGCUAGUGCCUGCAGGCUCUCAGCCUCCUGAACAGGAGAGCGAGUCGAGCAGCCCGGACGCUCCGAGUGUCCCCAGACCCUUCAGAUCCAAAGAGCAGCUGAUGCUGAGAGCCAACAGCCUGAAGAAAGCACUGCGGCAGAUCAUAGAUCAGGCAGAGAAAGUGGUGGACGAGCAGAACAGACACACCCAGGUGCAGAGGAUGUCUUCCACCUCUUCAAUAAAAAGAGGCAGCAGUGAGGACCUCAAGGAGGCGGAGCCACGUCAAAGUGCCCUGAGUCUCACCACCCCCAUAGUGCUGGAGAAAGCAGACACCUGCAACAGCACCACAGUUUUUACUGAGGAGCAAUGCACAGAGAAGUGCGUGAUGAAUAACUACUUCGGAAUUGGCCUGGAUGCCAAAAUCUCUCUGGAGUUCAACAACAAGAGGGAUGAGCACCCUAAGAAGUGCAGCAGUCGCACGAAAAACAUGAUGUGGUAUGGCGUCCUGGGGACCAAAGAGCUUGUUCAGAAAACCUAUAAGAACCUGGAGCAGAGAGUGCAGCUGGAGUGUGAUGGUGUGCCCAUGUCUUUGCCCAGUCUGCAGGGUCUUGCUGUGCUCAACAUCCCUAGUUAUGCAGGGGGCAUAAACUUUUGGGGCGGCACCAAGGAGGAUAAUAAUUUUGGAGCGCCAUCAUUUGAUGAUAAGAAGCUGGAGGUUGUGGCCGUGUUCGGCAGCAUGCAGAUGGCCAUGUCUCGUGUCAUUAACCUACAACAUCACCGCAUCACACAGUGUCGGCAGGUAAAGAUCACUAUUAAAGGAGACGAGGGCGUUCCAGUGCAGGUGGACGGAGAGGCCUGGAUCCAACCUCCCGGUAUUGUCCAGAUCAUCCACAAGAAUCGGGCCCAGAUGCUCACCAGAGACCGGGCUUUUGAGAGCACGCUGAAGUCGUGGGAGGAUAAGAGGAAAUAUGGCAGCUGCCGUUCUACUCGGCCACGUCUCAAUUCACAGCAGUCCAUGGAAUACCUGACCGAGGAGGAGUGUGCACAGGUGCAACAACUUGGCCUGGUGGCUGACUCACUCAUUAGCAGAAUACGGGAGGUGGCUAAGACCCAUAAGGUGGUGGAACAGGAGUUGGCUCAUGCAGUAAAUGCCAGUGCUGCUGUCCUCACUGAGGCUUUUCCCUCUAAACCCUCCAGUCCAGAGCAGUGUCUGAGUCGCAGCACCGCUGUGGAGAUUGUCAACAGCAGUAAAGUGCUGCAGCAGGAGACUAAAAUGCUGUUAGAAGGGAAGCUGCUGCAGUUGGAGGCCCCUCAGGAGGAAGAGCUGCUUUCCACACUCAACACUCUCAGUGCUGAGUUAAUCAAACUGGAGGACAUCCACUGGAUCUGUCCCAGCAUGCACUGCUCUGAGGAGGACUCAUCCCGCACGAGUGCUAAGAGCAGCAGCAUGAAGCUGAAGAUCAUACCCAAAGUAAAGAAGGAGAGAGAGAAGCUGCAUAAGCAGCGUUCCAACAGCUCUCUCUCAGCGGAGAGAUGGGGUGCGGAGGAGGUGGGCACGUGGCUGGAUUCAUUGGGGUUAGGGGAGUACAGGGAGAGGUUUGUGGCCCGAGACAUCCAGGGCUGGCAGCUGACUCAGCUCCAGAGACAAGACCUGAAGGUACAGCGGGACAGCGAGCGCUCAGACAACGACUUCUACUGCGACACUCAUACGCACGCGCACGCAAAUCACUGGCUGUGCCUCAAAUCCUGUACUGCAGCAGAAUGAUUCAGAGUUUUCAUUGUAUAGAUGAAUGUAGGAAAUCAUACCUUGACAUGUGAUUGUAGUGAUGAGUGCAACAUUUUUUUAUACCUUUUCAGAAGGAGAUAAAAAAAAGUUUCAUUUUCCAAAAGAAUCACAGAACAAUGAGAAAAACGGAAGAACGAGUAUCACGUUAAACACCAUCUCCUCCGGUUAAUUUAGCCCUAAUUUAGUAACACUUAUAUAAAAUGCCUGUUACAUGUUGCAUCUGUCCACCAUCUGCUACAAGUCUCCACUGCUGUGGUGCAUGAUGGGACAGAAUAGUGUAAAAUAUCGUCUAUUAGUCCCAUUUAAUUUGUGUGUAAAUAUAAUCCAUCGUCUGUCUUUUUUUUUUUAUUUUGCUGUUCUACAUUUCUCAAUGUGAACAGAGUAGUGCAACAAAUAAUGCUUAAUAGUAUGUAGGUAUGUGAUUUGAGACACAGUCUGUAGUCCAGCUCAGGGGUGUCAAACUCAUUUUGGGUAACAGGCCAUGCUACACAUUUUUACACAAAAAUAACUUUCGUUUUUCAACCGCAAUUAUAUAGAACAAUGCCUUUUAAAUACGGUUAAUUAUUGGCAUUCACUUGAAAUGUACAAACAAAUGUAAAAAUAAACGAAUACAUAAAUAAAUUGUGAUUUAAGUAUUCACCCCGUUGCUGUGAAACCUCUAAAUUUGUUUGUUUGGGUUUCAUUUAUUUAUUUGGAACGAUGCAUGGCUUGAGCAUCAAAUAUUUAGCAUGCUAAUGAAGAAUUACUUCUCACUAGCACAUUUUUGAGUAGCCGAGUUUACUGCUCUAUUCUACCCCCUAGUGGAAUAACAGAGAAUAGCUCUUUUAAAAAAAAAUCUUUCAAUUCUAUUAAAAUCCACACUUUUAUUUAUUUUUUAUUUUUUUUCCAGGAUUCGUAUUCUAAAUUCAUUUAGUGGGUCGGAUUACUACCUUUAUCAGUCCGCAUGUUUAACACCCCUGGUCUGGUCUAUCACGAUUAUUAUUAUUAUAUGGGCAAAGGAACCAGCUGUCUUUGCGAGAACUCACUGUGACUUGUUCACAACAGAUCACUCGUGUAAACUCUUCGUUUGUUCUCUCAGGAUCUUGGGAUAUCAAAGGUGGGUCAUGUGAAGCGGAUCUUGCAGGCAAUUGAAGAGCUGGAGGGUCUGCUGUAGUGGACACACCGCGCCACGGGAAUCUGCCUUUCACCGAGGAAGCGGUGUUUGGAGCUAACUAUCACACACUGCAUGUGUGUGAGAGGCAUGGCAUCGCACUGCACUGCAUCGACGUUCCAGCUACGUUCUCUGUCCAUCCUCUGCCUGCUGGUGCCCUUGGUGAUCAACAGACACUGGGAGUACAUGAAAGUACCCAGAAUCCUUUUCUGCAUUCUUUAUUUGUUUCUAUGACCCGUACGAUUUCCUGUGCUCUUCUUCUCACGCAUGAGACAGACCUUCCUUCCUUUCUUCCUUCUUUUACUGAUGUCAUUCCUUUUUUCCUCUUUUUUUUUUUUUGAGGGUGGGGGGUCUGCUUUUAAAGCCAAGAGAUGCAAACUGGUAUUUCCGGAAAACUCUCUUUUUGAGUCAUCUGAACAACGUUAAAACUGAACAAAUUUUCCAAACGAAAAGCAUCUGAAAUGUAUUGUGGAUUUGUAUUAGCUGUCAAAACGCAAUGUAAGAACUGCAUUCUGUCCGAUUCAGUCUCUAUGUAUUCAGAGACAGUUGGUGUUCCUGCAUGCCUUUUGCGUCCACGAUCAUCGAGCAGAAAAACAAAAGCUGUUAGAUUUUUCUUUUCUUUUCUUUCUUUUUUUUUUAAAUUAAAUAUUCAGCCAAAUAGUGCUAUUGUGCCGCUCGUGUGCCAGGUGAGCUGUUGUUCUGCAAGCUAUAGUGAUGUAGAUUUGUGCCAAGUUCCUCAACAAAUUGCAGUGGUUAGUGAGCUGGGGGUUUUAUUUUUUCUUUCCUUUUUUCCCUACUAUAAGGGGGGAAAAAAACAUGCAACGUCGUACAUUUCAGAAAGUGUUUUAUCUCAUUGCCUUGCACUUUAGUGAGGAAAACGGUCUUUAAAAAAACUUGAAAGUGGUGUGUUGUAAAAAAAAUUUUCCUCAGCUGUUUUUAUCCUAUGAUGAAAAGUGUAUUUAUUACAAACCUAUUAAAGAGAUGUGUGAUAAAUAAUAUAUUGUCAAACUAUGAAUGUUAAACCCAUAUGUCUGUCGUCAGAAUUAGAUCUCGUAAUCGUGCAUAAGAAUGACACAUUUCCACAAUAAUGAAUCAUUAAGGCUUGAACUCUGACCUUCAGGUUUCUCCUAACGAGGCUGGAGAGGGGCCUCGACGUCUGCAGAAUAAGUUGUGAUCCAGGUUAAGAUUUACAUGGAACUGAGAGGAAAAGGGGUGCAUAUUAAAGGAAAUUAGGUUCUCUCAUUGAUCGGUGUGAGCCAAAGUGUAACAGUAUUUCAGUGUUUUUAAAAGCUGGACUGUACGAUUUGCACGUGUAUGCACAUGUUCCCCAGUAAAUGAUUCUCGCUGUCUGUUAUACGGUCGUGAUCAAAGUCCAGUGUCCCUUUUUAUUUUUUGUCUUCUUGAAGUGUCAAACUACUGACUGAGUGUUAUCAGGGACGGGGGAGGAGCUUGUGGAUGUGGAAGCCACACAAAACCUUUGAUUUCAGUUUCACCUUUGAAAAGAAAAUGGGGCUAAAAAGAACUAUUCACCUUUUUUGGUUAUUUAUAAUACAGCGUUGAUGAGACUAUUGCUUACUGUUUAUUGUUUACUCUUGAAGUAUGUAAUUUAACUUUUGGAAUUAUUUAAUAUGAUUUUUUUUUUAAUGCCAUAUGAGUUGCAGUUUACCUUCCAUGGCUUUGAGUUUGUCUGUUGGCGACUAUUGCCUCUGAUCCGGGAUUGUUGCUGUUUAUUUGAAGCAAAAAUAAAGUUUGGCCAUUGCUGUU